AUGGACAGCGGUACCAACGGUGGUGGUGCUGCCACCACGCACAUUCAACAUGACUCAGAGCCAUUUCCCAGACUCGAGACUCAAUCUUUUACAGAACAUUCUGCUGCUCUCAAUACGUUGGAUACAUCCUCCCCACCAAUGCAAGAUUCCGCCGACGUCCCUACACCGAUUAGCGGACUGAGACUGCAGACAGAUCAUCUAGCGCAGAAGAAUCGUCAAGAGAAUCGAUCAUCAGGUAACGGGACUAUACCAGAGAUGCACGAACAAAAGGUCUUCAACGCCGGGUUACCAGUGCGACAUUCGAGUAUCCGAUCCAGCCAUUCGGCCAGAAGGCACAGAACAGGAUCAUUGUCACCAGGUUCCUCUGCCGCCUCACCAGCUGUGGGCCCACUUGUAGACAUGACACCUUUACCAUCCCCAAUCUCCCAAUUUGGCUCUCCGGGUCAUUGGAGAGGGUCGAUGGACGAAGAGCUUGACGAUGCUACAUCUGGUGCUCAAGAUGACCACACGUCCUCUCAAUCUAUUGAAGAGCUUGCAGAGCUAGCACGAACUUCGCCAAAGAAGAGGAAGUUGCCAGUCUUGGGUAUCUCUGGAAUCGACCAACCUCCACAAUCAUACAUCACCAAUGCAGCAGCGCAUGAGAGAAAUCGUAGUCUAAGUGACUACGUCCCGGAAGGUAUCCAGGUACCUAAUGUACGGAACAUAGCUGUCUCAACUUCAGCUACGCCACCUAUCAGUCAACAAUUUUCUCCACCUCACGAUCAUUUGCACCGCGAACAGCAUCUAGCUGUGCAGCGCGGCCUCGAACCGCCCAAGCCGCCAACCCCUCCGGACAGUAACCGUGGUAGCAGAAGUGACGACCUUGAACCACCCAUCAGCCCAGCAUUCUCAAAGGCAGCGACGCCUCCACUCUACAAGGCUACAUUAAUUCGUAGUGGGCAAACAAAGCAAUGGCGGGCGUUGAGGCAACUUGGAGAAGGUCAAUUCAGCAAGGUGAUGCUGGCAACAAGUGACUUUGCUGUUGACAGUGUGAGUCACAGUCUGAGCUCCGUGGAAAUCAAGCUUAAUCCAAAAUCGCUGGUUGCUGUCAAAGUGUGCAAUCACGGCCCAGCUGGAGGCGCGGAUGAAAAGUCUCUCCGAACAUCAAUACAGCGAGAGCUAGACCUGAUGAAAUCGAUUGACCAUCCGUCUCUAGUGCAUCUCAAAGCCGUCAGCUCACAGGAACGACAAACUCUAUUCGUACUUAGCUAUUGUCCAGGCGGCGACUUGUUUGAACUCGCUAGCACAAAACAUGACCUUUUGACGCCAUCUCUAGUUCGCAGAAUCUUUGCCGAGCUCGUAGAUGCCGUACAAUAUCUACAUGCUAAGUACAUAAUUCACCGCGAUAUCAAGCUUGAAAACAUCCUCGUCAAAGUGAAUCCAGACUCUUUCUCACAAAUCACAGAUUGGCAAGCGUACGAUAGACCUGUAGUGUGCCUCUCAGAUCUUGGACUAGGACGCGACAUUCCCAGACCGCCUGAAUCUCCACUUUUAGAGCGACGUUGUGGGAGCGAGGACUACGCGGCGCCAGAAGUCUUGAUCGGACAGGAGUACGAUGGUCGAUCGACAGACUCAUGGGCAUUAGGUGUGGUCCUUUAUACACUUAUGGAAGGAAGGAUGCCUUUCGACCCUAUACCAGGCAGCAGGCGCAGAAGUCCGACGAGUCACAAGAUUGCCAGAUGUGAGUGGCAAUGGGUUAGGUUCGCAGAUUCAGACGGAGAGUGGGAUCCUGUCAAAGGGAAGGCAUUCGAAGGCGCUCAAGGAAUAGUAGAGUGCCUGAUCUGCCGCGCCAGGACUCGAUCGAAUUUGGAAAAGGUGCAACAGAUGGAGUGGGUCAGACAAGGCAUUCAUUCAGAGGAUGGGCUGAAACGUGAAGAGGAGGAAGAUUAG